GUUACCACAGUAUAUCCUCCCUAGAUAUCCAUUUCUCGACCAAUCCGAAUGGGAGGAUGAACAGCUUGGUGCCGACUGUUCAUACCGGGGUCGAACAUGGGUCCACAGAUUACUAUUUAGGCGUGCUAACCAUACACGUACGAUAUGUAUUUCUUUCAAUUACAUUGACCUAAUUCUCACAAAGGAUCAUCUGAAGCCAAUCGAACGCAUGCCAGGGUGAAUGUCUGCCGAAGGUGUAAUAACAACCAUUCGAUCAUUGCCCUCUGUUGCUGGUUCCAUAUCCUUCAGCCUACUCCUGCUUGAUGCUGGGCCCACGUGUGCUAUGAGAUGCGUAGCUGACUUUAGCACACUAUGCAUUUUUUCGACACGUACCGUAGGUUGAGAUAUCCUGCGCAGUACACAUAGCCUAUACAUAGGUACUAUACGUAUUGGUAUAUUUGGGUAGGCUGUACGCAUUUGUAGGUAUUUAUUGGCGCGGGCCAUGCAUGAUCGCGGAGAGCAGUGUUUGGAUGUGCUGCAGCAUCCUUGUAAACACCUCCAUGUCUGGAAUGUGCAUGCCAUUCGUGUUUUUUUGUGUGUUGUUUGUCACCCACAGGCUGGAGGUAUUACAUAAAGGAUUUGGCUCCUGCGCGACAAUGACGUACAAGGCCACGGCUCGGUGCGGCCAAUCAGCGGACGGGGUGCGUGGCGGGGCGCGGCGCUGGUUGGCUGGCGGGCCGUGGGGCGAUGACGUUCCUGUUCCGUGUCUGAGGCGGCCACUAUUUGUAAACAACAGGAGUGUGGCGAGGUGAGGGAGAGAGCGACGUGCUAUUUAAAGGUCUCGCAGCCUCCGUUGACAAAGGUGUGCAGGCUGGUGCGAGUGAACAGGUGUGCGUGAGUGAAGGUGAGGCCGCAUCCCCUGAGCCACGACAGUAAGGAGAGGAGCUUAAAGGUGCCCGCCGAGGAGGACCUUACUUCCUGCCCCUACCAUCCAUACGUCCUGCCCAGAAUGACGUCAGGGGGUAGCAGCUUGACCUACUUGCGUGUUUUGUCACAGUUGCGUGAUUAUUUUGCCAAGGCCACACCUGCCUCACUGGUCUUUCAGAGGGACCUGCCUGACCUAGUGAAGAAGAUCAGCAAUUCUAUAUACAAUAGUAAAGAAGUUAUUGAACAUCCAAAAGUAGACAAGAUUGAACAUGAAACUCCCAAAGCUGUUCCUGAAAGAAAGCCUAUUGGUGUCAGUGAAGAAAACAUUUCUGAUCUCAAGAAAGCACUGAAAACUGUGAAUACCUACAUUCCACCAUACUUCUCACAAGUUCGUCUGAAUUUCUCCAAACCUGAACAGCAAAAAGUUAUGGAUAAAACUGUACCAAAAUGGAAAACAAGAAAAGCAGUAAUUACAAAACCAAGUAUUGAUGCCCGAACUCGCUACUUAACCAGAAGUCUCGGCAAACAGCUGACCGAGACAGGAUGUAUAAAAAAGCUGCAGGACUUAUGUAGCCACCUGAGGCAGCACCCCCAAGCCAAAGGUGUGGCUGUCAAGAGUAGGGGUAUUCAACUUAUUUUGAAAAUACUUGAGGAGACACCUAACAACUCAGUAGAAUGUGAGGCCCGCGAAGCUCUUGCUCUGCUUGGCUACACGCAACCUGUCAAAGCUCGUGGGAUAAGACUGUUAACAAUUGAUGGAGGAGGAGUCAGAGGCUUAGUUGCUUUGGAAGUGUUGAAAAAACUGGAGGACAAAGCAGGUCAACCUAUUCACGAACUCUUCGAUUAUAUUUGUGGUGUGUCUACAGGAGCCAUCAUAAGUGUAUUAAUAGGAAUACACAAAAUGCCUCUGGACGACUGUGAAAAACUAUAUAAAGAUUUAAGCACUCGGAUCUUCACUCAAACAACUUUCAAAGGGGCCACAAGCUUAUUUAUGAAGAACUCUUACUAUGAUUCUGAUUCAUGGACUCAAAUCUUGAAAGAGAACAUGGGAGAAACCAAUAUUAUUGAGACUGCUCGGGACCCAAAUACCCCAAAGGUUUGUCUAGUUGCCACAACGACGAACACAAAUAGGGUUCAAGCAUACCUAUUCCGCAACUACAAUCUACCUUACCGAGUGACAAGCCACUACCAGGGUACUUCACUACCACGCCUCUGGGAAGCAGUACGAGCCUCUGCCGCUGCUCCUGGGUACUUCUCAGAAUUUAGAAUAGGAGACAUGAUUUUAUUGGAUGGUGGUCUGUUUGUCAACAAUCCUACAGCUAUUGCUCUGCAUGAAGCUAAGCAGUUAUGGCCUGAUGCAGAGUUGCAGUGUGUCCUCUCUGUAGGAACAGGACGACAUGAGCCCAUUGCCACCACCAAUGAAGCCUCUAUAAGUUGGGCCACGCGACUCAGAACAAUCGUGAACAGUGCCACUGAUACUGAAGGUGUGCACACAACAAUGCACGACCUUCUGCCAGGCAGUGUGUAUUAUCGCUUCAACCCAUACCUCAGUGAUGAAUUUGGCUUAGAUGAAAUAGAAGAGAGUCGUUUGGCAGUGAUGAUGGAGGACACAAGCCUAUAUUUACGCAAGAAUGAACCAAAGAUCCAAGAGGCAGCACAGGCCUUAACCCAAACAAAGACUCCAUUAGACCGAGCCAAAGACUGGUACCAAUACCAGCGACAGUUUUGGUUAUUAUAAAAUUUUACAGAAAUGUAGCAUUAAUCUUUUUACUGAGUCAUCUUGUAUCACUUAAUCCCGGUUUUUAAUCUGUGUUAUUAGCACUUAGUGGCAAGAAGUUUUAUUUAUGUUUUUUAAAACUAGAUUUUAUAUAUUUAUUGACUUUUAGGUAACAUUUAGUACAUAUAAAUAAUGACAUUAGUGAGUCACUAAAUAGUCAAAAGCAUUUAUUGAGAUUAUAUAUUGAUUUUUACUUUUUUUUAUGGGAGAGACAUCAGGUAAUAGACACAAAGUCUUUAAUCCUCUUCUCUUACCAUAAAGUAGGUUGACAAUUAUUAGAACAUGAUACUAUGAUUGUCCAGGGCCCAGAUAGUCUUGGCAGGCAGAUUUUGCUAAGUGUCUGUGUGCAAUGUGAAAGUCUGUGUGAAUGUGUAUGUGAUCAGUUCAGAGAUUGAUAUGAUUAUAAUCAGAAAAUAUAAUGGGUCUUAAUUUUAAAUUUGAAAAAAACACCUUCUUUUGUCAUGUAUUCCCUUCUGUCUGUAGAAGGUGAAUGUGAACAUAUCCAUCUAUAUAGUAUAUAUUGAUGCUCAUUACUCUAAAAUUCAAGGGGAUUGCCCGGUUUUCUUAACCCGAGAACGUCGGCAGACCCUUUUCAGGGCUUUCACAAGUCGUGGCUGUGGUACAGUGGACCCUAAAAAGGGCUUGCAUAAAACCCCUAAUUCAAGCUAAUUGUAGGCAGUGGUGGCAUAGCGCAAUCCACCAUGAAUGCCCUAGGUCAUUGUGGUGGGUAAGUGAUAUUGAGGUGGGCUUUUUUGUCAUAGGUGGUGCUGUAAGGUCAUAGCAUACUGAAUUAGCUAUCCAUACAGUAAUCACUUGUCAAAUUCUCUAUAGUAGACAACAAGCGACUCUCGGCUUGAUGCCAAGCGUCACGAGACUGUUUAUUUUAUAACAAACACCACCCAAAAAGAAUGGAGUUUGAGUAAAAGUAAAUAUUUUUAACGGCUUUAUGGUUAUGAGAUUAGUGCUCUGAUGUAUGUUCCAUGCUGUUUUCUUAGUCUCAAAAUGCAGUGUAAUUUUGUCGAUUCUCGGCCACUUCUUGGCUUUCCCAUAGCCAAAGCCCACGGGUUAAACAUACAUUUCUCGCAUACUCAUUUUCUAUCCCCUUCCUGCCCUCCCUCUCCAAUCCAUUCUAAAACUCACUCCUUUCAGUGAAUAAAACUCACUCCUUUCAGUGAAUAAAAAAUUAUUCUCAAACAUUGAUAAUAUCCACUUUAGUCUUCAAUGUCCUCUGUCAUCUCAAUGUCCAACUCUACCUCUCACAGCUCCUUUCCUCACCAAAGCCCCCAUGAACAUUCUGCUAGUACAGUAGAUUCUCAGUUUACAAGUGCCUUAGUUUAUGAGCAUUUUGAUUUAUGAGCAAAAGAAAAUCACUAAAAAUGCCUUGGUUUACGAGCAGUGACUUGGUGUACAAGCAUCCUGUUUGUACAAGUCGAAGAUGCAAACAUGAGUUCCCUGUGUUCAUCUUGAGACGAGGGUGCUCAGAGCGGAAAACAAUGGGAAUGAGGUCUCAAGCUGGUGUCACACUGGGCCUUUUUUCUCCAACCAUGGUGACUGUAGUCGCAACCGGCAACUCCAACUUUUCUGGGUGUGCGUCACACAUGACCAAGGUCGGUUGCCUGUAUAUGCAACGUAAACAAACAAGUCAUCCUGUAUCCACAUGGCACCGUUUGCAAAAGUAAGGGCUGCUGUGGCUUGUGCUGCUGUUACUUAAAUUAUGGACUUGUUGCUACAGUUAAAUGGAAGGAAGAAGCGGUUGUGGGUAUGAUCAUAGUUUGGCUUCAAAGACGGGAGGACAGGAGUGUUUACCCAAACCAACAACUCGCUCCCAGUUGGUGUACGGGUAACCGCGGUUUCUCUUAGCUCCAACGGUAGGAGGAAAAUGCCCACGGUGCAGUGUUGCCAGAGGUGUGAUAAUUAUCACAAAAUGCGCCUUGUGUGUGUGUGUGGCGUUCAAAGCAGGGGAGCGCAAGCGUGACUGACAAGAGUGGCUUCCAGCGUUGCCAGGUCCAUGUUUUUCCCACGCAAUUUGGGCUUUUUUUUCAAGGGAGUGUGUGGGGAAAAAUGGCAGUCGUGGGUUGGCAUUUUUUGAAGCUGGAGUCCGCAGUAUCACAUUCACCAACCUGGCUACACUGGUGACUUUGUCUGCAGCCGUUUGUUUGCAUUUGAAUUGCGACGUACAUUCAAAUUGGAGGACAAAAUUUGUUUGAUAAAUGUGUUCGAAUUGGGAAUUGUUCGAAUUGAAAGGCGUUUGAAUCACGAGGUACCACUGCAUUUUGAUUUGGGAGCAAAAUUCCGGGACGAAUUAAACUCGUAAACCGAGGUAUGGCUGUAUGUACUUGUGCAAGAGCUGAAUGCCCCUCUUAAGAACAAAAAUAUGGCCCUGGUUUUCAAGGCUAACAUACCUACAGUAUCAUUAUUCCAUUAAAUAUAGCCAGCACAACUAAUCUUGUGAAACUUUAAGAGAAAUUUAAAGAGUGGAAAGAUGAGAGAGAAGUAGGAUUCAUUUGGUUUUGGUCUGUAUAAAAUGUGGACCUUUAGGAAUUACAAGUUUUUAGCUCAAAACUGCACAAUAUCUGAUGUAUUUUGCAUUAUUCUGUUAACCCACUGGACCCCAGCAACGCAUUUGAUGCGUCGAUAAAAAAGUAAUCAAGGGAACAGCGAUGCACGUGAUGCGUCACCUACCAUAGAGUAUUGUGGCGCCUUAAUGGAGCAGCCUAGGAGGCGGAUUUUUGGAGUGGACAUGUAGGCAGUAUGUGGGAACAAUAUCCCAGACAGGCAACUUGUUAGACCCACACCGCACGUACGCACAUGCACCCCACACCUCACAGCUAUCGCAUUUCUGUGAACCCAUAAACAUGUCCGACUGUUGUUUGUCAUCUUGUCGCAUCUACACCCAGACAAGCCACCACAUGAUGUGGUAACAGGUGGCAGCCCACCACUGACAGCCCACAUGCGCCAAGUUUGAUACACCAGACAGAUACACCAUGGGACCUUCAAAUGAUGAUGGGGUGUUUUCUGGUGAAUGUUACAUUGACAGUAAGGGCUUUUAUACCAUUUUUCAUGUUUUUAGUGCAUUUCUGACCAUUUUAGGAAAAAAAAAAGUGUUAAAAAUGCCCAAGAUUGGAGGGUAGCAAUGUGCACUUAUAACCCAGGUUCAGCGGGAUAAAAGUGGAUGUUUGCCAUAUUUCAAGAAUUGAGGGAAUCUCCCUAAACUGUUUGAGAUUCAGUAUAGUCUUCAUAGAUAUAUUCAUGAGGGGUAACUAAAGUAGUCAGUGGCCCAGAUCUGAAUCUUUGUCAAAUUGAGUGCCUAAUGACCUAGAAAGGGAGCUUUAAAGGACUGGAAUAUGACUAACUGACAGGCAUUCAUGCAACUGCUCACUUAAAUUCUAUAAAGCAGCCCAUUAGCUUGUUACAAUAUCAAACUAAAGAUAACAAAAUAUUACUACACUCACUCACAAGUUUCCCAUUUAUUUUUUUAAUUUGAUGAAAUGCAUCUGAAUUAUGGCUAGUUUCUUCAUGUCUCUGCUCUUCAUACAAUCAGCCACACUUGUAAAAUUGGCUGAUCUAUUCCCUUGAAUGUCUCCAACACAUCAUGAACUACACAUCAUGAACUACAUCUCCCACUCCUCAUAUUUUAAAGUUACUGUCUCCACAUGUUUUCCUAUUAUCUGUAAAUAAUCUGUUGAACAAUACCAUUUACACCAGUCCUUCCAACCUCCUAUUUUGAUCUGAUUCAUAUCAUUCAGUUAAAUGUUAUAGCAUGGCGUAUUCCCCUCUCAAGUUAUGCAUCUCUCACAUCCUACCUCAUUCCCUGUAGCUGAGAUGCAAUUUUGUUCUCAUAUGCAACAGCUGAGCACAUGAUGACUGAGCUGCUCUGCUCCCAUCCAUGAUAUUUUACCCCAACCAUGACACCUCCCCACUGAUAAGUUCAUUGUUCCAGUUUCCAUGCAUCAUGUAUUGAUAUUUGGUACCAACUCACCCAUUUUACAAUACUCAAACCCAGGCAGGAAUGAAUGUUUGCUAUUUUAAUUUGGACCAUUUGUACUGAUGGUAUAAUUUUUAUGUAUAAAUAUGGAAGCUGUAAAACAAGGAACUAUGUAAACCGAAUCUACCGCAAAUAAAGAAAAUUUUCCCUUUUAA